GAAAAGCUUCGCAGUUCGCACCGAACUCUCUCCUUCCUUCUUUCUUCCGCCAAACAACCAACAAUCCAAACAGAAAGACUGCCCCUCCUUUCCCUUGAAACGUAAUCGAGGUGCUUGACUGUAAUGUAGCAGAUUGUCGCAGAGAUCAUUUUCCCAUCGCAGUUAUUGUUCUUCUGUUGCUUCUUCGCGAUUCAUCUGGAGGAAGAAGGGUUCGGCCGAUCAUUACACAUCGAAGAGGAAAUUCUCCAGAGUCGUGUUUGUCCUCGUAGAUGGAUAGCUUCACCGCCGAAGAUCUAUCCACGAUCGGGGGAAUCGCCACCGUCUCGCUUCUUCACUCCUUUAUCCCCACCCACUGGCUGCCUUUCUCCAUUGUCGGCCGCGCUCAGAAAUGGACUCUCUCCAGAACCCUCCUCGUCACUGCUUUUGGGGCAGUCUUGCAUGUUAUCUCAACUUCGCUCCUGGGCAUCACAGCAAUCACAAUGGCAAAUACAAUUGCCGGUGAAGAAACAGUGCACAAGCUAGCUUCACUUCUUCUCGUAAUUCUCGGAGGUAGUUACGUGUUACUGUUUCUCUCUGGGAAAGGUGGGCACAGUCAUUCACAUAACCAACCAAUGGAGAAAAUGGCGGUUGCAGGGCUUGUUCUUGUUCCUGCAUUAUCUCCUUGUGCGACUACUCUUCCAGUGUUCCUUGCAGUUGGUAAUUCAUCCUCUAUGAUGGUGCUUGCCAUCAUCGUGCUGCUAAUCAGCACGAUAACUGUUAUGACUUCACUGGUGGCUCUGUCAUUCUACGGCGCCAGUCAAAUCAAGUUCCACUGGGUGGAACGCUACGACAAGCUUUUGGUGGGAUCGGUUCUAUGUCUGGUGAAAGGAAACAAAAAUGUAAAGUGUUUGUUAAGCUGUAGUAGGAUGCUUCUUCUUGCUGUUCAUCGAGGCACAGGAUCGACUCUGAACUGGCAUAUCUACGAGGGUUUCAAGCUGAACAGAAUGGCGGUGCUCAGUUGGAAGCACCACACCGUCAUCCAAGCUCUGAUGGCGCGUGGUCCGCUCAUGGAGGACGAGUUCCGCAAAAUCUACGCCGACGUUACUGGGAAAAACCCUCGCGCUAACCCAAAGGACUUCAAUGAUUUCACACUGAAGAUAAAUAAGGAGCUUUCGUUUGUUCAGAUGGAGUUGAGGUGCUGCCGGAACCAAAAUGAUGGUCGAGUCUAUUAUGGAUUGGUCAACAAUAUUGCUGAUGAACAAUCCAAGCUGGGGACGAAGUACUCUAUCCCACAUAUUGCUUUGUUUAAGGGAAUCGUAGAAGCGAUUAUACAAGAUGAAGCUGCUCAGGGUUGCAUAUCCACCAUUACAGCUCUCAACAUACGACUGGAGAAUCAGGUCCAGUUGGCAGGAGGUUCCCAGUCGCAAAAUGGUCCACCUGAAGUCCCAGCUGCAAUAAGGAAUUUCUCAAUGUCCCAGAAGGACAGGGCUAUCGAUGAACUCAUACGAGACAAUUGGCUUUCUCAAACUACUGAUGGUGAUGUUGCCUUAGGGUUCAGAUCCUACCUUGAUCUAAGGAGCUUAUUCCAUAACAUGGGCAUUCCUCCUUGUGAAGUCUGCAAUGAAAGUGGCGUCAAGGCUAAAGUGUGCCCAACUGAAGGAUGUAAUGUGCGAAUUCACGAGUACUGCUUGAGUAAGAAACUAUCACGGAAAAAGGACAAGAUAGUAUGCCCGAGUUGUGGCAUUAACUGGCCAUUUGCUGCACCAAAGAGUGAACCCGUGGAGGAAGAAGAGGAUGAACAGCCUGCUCAAACUCAAACCCAAACGCAGCAGCCAUCAUCGAGUGGGUCCAGAAGGAAGCGGUAUCGAUUCUCGGUUGACGUAGAACCCGACUCUGCUUCCGCUGAAGCUUCUCAACCGCCACCCUCUACGAGAAGAAGCACCCGGUUUUCUGGACGAUCGAGGUAGUAGUACCAGAACUCAUCCUCCUUCCUUCCUCUCAUCCAGCAUUUUCCUCCCCCCCAACUGUUGAAUGUCAGCUCAAAUGCUAUGUUAUUUUGUGAGCUGCAUAACAAGUAGAAUCGAAUUUUAAGGGGGCUCGUGCACAGUUUGAAUGUCAGGAAAGCUAAGACACCAACAGUAGCUGUAUAUGAGGCAUCCUGAGGUUGUAUAGUUGGUACUGGUAGUAGAUGACUUGUUGGCUUAUUAGGCUAUGGCUGUAUUGGGCAAGUCGCCUUCUCUUGGAACAGCACAUACUCUCGACAUAUUGGGUAUAUUCUUGUUUGUCUAUUCUGCAAUGACAACUGGCCAAACGAAAUCUUAGCUAAGGGCAUUCAUCGUCAUCGUUGGAUCUCUUCCACCAAUUUUGUUUUGUUGUGACGCUG